AUGCUCGCGUUUACUUGGAGUAGAUGUUGUAUUUUGGUGCUUCUCGUUGCCUGGAUGAGGCUGGGGACAUGUCAGAGAUCAGCGGCGCGCUCCAAAGCGAACGCCAUCAAGUCGGCUUUGCCGGACGCGGCGCCGACGCCUGCGGCGACAAACCGCUCCGCCGCCGUCCACAGCGGCAUCACCAAGAAAUACAAUAUUCUCGCCCAGGCGUAUCCAUGUAGCACUGACAAGGAGUGCAGUGUGGGCAGCUACUGCCACAGCCCACAACAGGCGCCAUCUCGCUGUCUGACGUGUCGCAGGAGGAAGAAGCGCUGCCAUAGAGAUGCUAUGUGCUGCCCUGGGAACCGCUGCAGCAACUAUAUUUGUGUGCCUGUCUCUGAGAGUGUGCUGUCACCUCACAUAUCAACUUUAGAUGACCACAAUAAACUCUCCACCAAGGACCAUGGCUGGAAGAAGACCGGGAAACCACAAGCUAGGCAUUCUCUCAAAGGCCAUGAGGGUGACCCAUGUCUGCGUUCAUCUGAUUGUUCUGAGGGUUUUUGCUGUGCCCGUCAUUUCUGGACCAAGAUCUGCAAACCUGUGCUGAGGCAGGGAGAGGUGUGCACCAAACAGAGGAAGAAGGGCUCUCAUGGCCUGGAAAUCUUCCAGCGCUGUGACUGUGCCAAAGGCCUCUCCUGCAAGGUGUGGAAAGAUGCCACCUCCUCAUCCAAGUCGAGGCUCCACAUGUGCCAGAAGAUCUGA